UAGCCGCGCUCCGGGGGCUGUUCCCGGAAGUGACGUUAAAGGCCUGCUCCUGAGGAAGUGACGUCAGGGCUGCCCUUGCCGGGCAGGGAGGGCUGGGCUGUGCAUCCCUUCGCUCGCGCUGCAGGGAGAUGGCUCAGCGACUUCUCCUGAGGAGGUUCCUGGCCUCUGUCAUCUCCAGGAAGCCCCCUGAGGGUCAGUGGGCACCCUUCGUCUCCAGGGCCUUGCAGCCCCCACAGUGCAGUCUUGAUGGCCUGACAGUAACACCCAGCCCAGUCCGGACAGUAUACACCACCACAGUCUGUAGAACAACCUUCAACAUCCAGGACGGACCUGACUUUCAAGAUCGAGUUGUCAACAGUGAAACACCAGUGGUUGUGGAUUUCCAUGCACAGUGGUGCGGCCCCUGUAAGAUCCUGGGGCCACGGUUGGAGAAGAUGGUGGCCAAGCAGCACGGGAAGGUGGUGAUGGCCAAGGUGGACAUUGACGACCACACAGACCUCGCCAUCGAGUAUGAGGUGUCAGCUGUGCCUACCGUGUUGGCCAUCAAGAAUGGGGACGUGGUGGACAAAUUUGUGGGCAUCAAGGACGAAGACCAGCUGGAGGCCUUCCUGAAGAAGUUGAUUGGCUGACGAGCAGGGAAGAUCCCUGAAGCCCUUGCCCACCUGGGACCCCCAUGGUCCUGGGGAGGGGCCCCGUAGAACUCAGAGCCCUUCUGUGCAGGCCUUUCCUGCCUCCCCAUCUGCCCUGUGGGCCUGUGCUUUGGAGACCAGCCCUCAAAUAGGGGAGGGGGUGCAGCGUGCUCCGGCUAGCUGGCUGCCCACCCAGGGUGGCCAUCCAGGAGGGAACUGCUGCUGGUCCGGGCACAGUGGCGUCCACCCACUGUCCUCCCGUCUGCUCCCUUUAGGGCUUGAGGCCGUUCCCCUCUUCCACUCAAACCCAGGGCCAGCCUGUAGCAGCACUGGUCAGCAGCAGCCAUAGCCCCUGUCUUCUUGGUCCCUUCUGAACUGAACCCCCAGGCCUGGCUCACCUGCCUCCUGCAUUUUUCUCUCCUGCUGCUGUUUUAUAAAAAGAAAAAGAAGGAAACAAGAAACCCAAACAAGUGAGAGUAAUAUAUGAUUCUCUCAUUUUUUGUAGGUCUGUAAUAAAGAACUUUAUGUGAUCCCUUCUACUUCCUGCUGUGAAGAACAAACCCUGGGUCUCUCUCUAAUCCCAUCCUCACCUCCCAAAGAGCCUCCUCACUCCUCCUCCCCCUUCCCUUCCAGGCACAAGGGCAGAGAACAAGCGUGGGGGAGGGAUCUGCAGACCCUUGACUCUGGAGAGCUGAGACACCACAUCCCCCACCCCCUUAGUUGGCCCUUUGGUUCUCUGAGCAGGAGGCUUAACUGUGAACAAUCCAGAUCAAUAAAGCUGGGUUUGCACUGUC